AUGAAAUUGCACCAGAGAAUCGAAAGAUCAAGCCCAAUUUUACCACAAAGCAAAAUAUUUUGUUCACUAAGGUCAAGUGUUUUGUCCCCAGGGUUGAUCAGAGAUCAAAAUUUCAGCUUCCCUACCUUAAAAAAACUCAGGAAGAUUCCAUGUUUUAACAUAGAGCCUAGGCCAAAGCUUUCUAUUGAAAAUAUAGGAGUUUUCCCUAUAUGGCCCGAUAAGGGCCGUGGUUUCUCCGCUGAAUCCCUCUGCUGGUUGAACCAACCAGUGAAUUGGUCAAACCAACGCACUGAGUUGGUUUGACAAACAGAGAAAUUCCACGGAGAACCCACGGCCUCAUCGGGCCAUAUAGGGAAAACUCCUAUAACUUUAUAGUAGUAAAAAACCAUAAUGCCAAAGAAUUAGUAAGGCAAAGUGCUCCACAAAGCUUAAAAGGCAGAAUUUUUUCAAGACCUCCAACUGCAGGUGGCUUUUCUAUGACCGAACCCAUAAGAGAGCAUAAUUUUUCAAUUAAAAAAAGACUGAAAGUUAACCAAUACGCAAAUCUAAUGAGCCGAAUCUUAAAUAAUUAG